GGGCUUCGGGGCGGCCGCCGCCGGUGGGCCGCAGAUGAAGAGGAGGCGGCGGCAGUGGUGGAAGAAGAGGCGGCGGCGGCGGGGGUAGGGAACCUGGAAACGCGAACGGGGAUGGUAGGUGGUUUGGACCCGCCGAGCCGCCGUCGUUUCCAGAAAGGGUUUGACUGGAGGAACCUCUGGAGCAGCUGAAGAAGAGGCUGUGAGGGGAGCCUGUGGCGUGUCAGCCGCAGGGCUCAGAAAACUUGCCUACUGUCCCUGCCUCCCACGGCCAGCACCCCUCAACCCAGGGCCUGGGGGUCUGAGGCCGGAACUGCCCUGGAGGAGGUGCAGACUCUGGUCCUAAGUCCCGGGUGAGCGCUGAGAGCCUCGGGAAUAGCUUCCGGGAUUACCAGCGUGGGACACCACUUCAGGUUUUAAGGCUGUUUUGCCGGAUUAAAAAUCUUCAUUCCCAGAAAGAUCUACUUCAUGGGUGGAGAAUGGGACACUCCCUGAUAUGAUGAGUCUCCAGUAACUACAGGAAUGAUUCUGACUUCAUUUUAAGCUUGCAUAUUCAGAGCUUACCCUUAGAAUUUCCUCUUGAAGACAACUCCCAUUUUAUCCUGACACUAUUUGGAGGAAAUCAAGUUAAGGUUGGCUGGCUCCUCUGGCUGAUGGCAUGUUGAGGUACAUGGGCCAGUGGCAGCGAGGGCAUCCAAUCCAGAGGGGGCCACUCUAGAGGCCAGGCCACCACCACCAUGGGCCAGUGUGUCACCAAGUGCAAGAAUCCCUCAUCAACCUUGGGCAGCAAGAAUGGAGACCGGGACCCCAGCAGCAAGUCACACAGCAGGCGAGGGGCAAGCCACCGUGAGGAACAGGUGCCACCCUGUGGUAAGCCAGGUGGGGACAUCCUCGUCAAUGGGACCAAGAAAGCCGAAGCUGCCACUGAAGCCUGCCAGCUGCCAACAUCCUCCGGAGAUGCUGGGAGGGAGUCCAAGUCCAAUGCUGAGGAGUCUUCCUUGCAGAGACUGGAAGAACUGUUCAGGCGCUACAAGGAUGAGCGGGAGGAUGCAAUUUUGGAGGAAGGCAUGGAGCGCUUUUGCAAUGACCUAUGUGUCGACCCCACGGAAUUUCGAGUGCUGCUCUUGGCUUGGAAGUUCCAGGCUGCUACCAUGUGCAAAUUUACCAGGAAGGAGUUUUUUGAUGGCUGCAAAGCAAUAAGUGCAGACAGCAUUGACGGGAUCUGUGCACGGUUCCCUAGCCUCUUAAUAGAAGCCAAACAAGAGGAUAAAUUCAAGGAUCUCUACAGGUUUACAUUUCAGUUUGGCCUGGACUCUGAAGAAGGGCAGCGGUCACUGCAUCGGGAAAUAGCCAUUGCCCUGUGGAAACUAGUCUUUACCCAGAACAAUCCUCCUGUGUUGGACCAAUGGCUAAACUUCUUAACAGAGAACCCCUCGGGAAUCAAGGGCAUCUCCCGGGACACUUGGAACAUGUUCCUUAACUUCACUCAGGUGAUUGGCCCCGACCUCAGCAACUACAGUGAAGAUGAGGCCUGGCCAAGUCUCUUCGAUACCUUUGUGGAGUGGGAAAUGGAACGAAGGAAACGAGAAGGAGACGGGAGAGGCGCACUCAGCUCAGGGCCCGAGGGCUUGUGUCCCGAGGAGCAGACUUAAUGGCUCUGUUCCAGGAGCAGCAGCUAGGAUCUGCCUGCUGCCCUGCAGCCAAGCGAGGAAUUGGACCUUUCUGGAAAUUACCGAAGAUCCGGAUAUUUUCUACUUUACACCUUUCUCUGCCUUGUAUCUGAAAGGGCUCUAAAAUGCUGUAUCAUGUUUUAGGCACUUUCUUCAUUUUUGGUUAUUUUGGUUAUUUCUUUUUUGGGGGGGGGAAUCCCCCAAAAUAUUUGAACCUGGCUACAUGUUGUGUAUCUUCUUUUUUUGAAGCCUUCAGAUAGAAUAAGCCUGCCAUUUCUUGCACAAAUUUAGGUUUUUGGUUUGUUUUUUUUUGGGGGGGGGGAGGGUGUAGAGCCGGGUGGGGAGAAUGGGACUGUUAGGUUGAAUUAACAUUACAAAAUGAUACAGUGCCAGAUCUCAGUUUUGCAUAUUGUUUUUCAGGGCAGGUCUGUACUGUGUGUAGUGCUGUUUACAUGGUUGAAGUUAGUUGGUAAUUAUUAUUUUUAAAGAUUUACCCAGAUUUGAUAGCAGUGUUAACUGUUAACCACAUUGCAUUAAUUUCCAGACAAUUGAGAGCUCUUGGAGAGCCAAGGCCAAUCAAGAGCAUUUGCAGUCUGGUGACAACCCCCUUUUAAGCUAAUUUAUCCAAAAUCCCUAUUUCUCUCACUUCUUGCUCAUUCCUUCUUUGACCUAUUGCAUUUCAUGUUGAGUUUAUCCAUCAACAUGCUGCACCUGUCAGUCAAGUGAGCAGUUUUAUUUUUUUUAGAACACAUUGUACUGAGAACCACUUAAGCGUUGAAUGCAGAGAAAGCAGUGCUACCUCAGUUUUGCUGGAAGUUGACUUCUUUGAUAGUUUUUUCUUUCUUUGAUGAAGUUUCUGUAUUUUCAUGUUUUAAGUGGAAAUACUUUGUUUUUCAUUUGUCUUGGAGCCAAAGUUUCUGUUCCUGGUGGUCGGAAGACUGUGCCUGCCGGCCAGCUGACUUAAAGGAAAACUGUGGUAUGGAGCUCUGCUUGAAUCUUUUUUUUUUUUUUCCCCCUUUCUGAGUGUCAUCAGCUAGCUUACUUGUCUGGCAUGUGCAGAAGCCUGGGGCUGGUCUGAACUCUGCCAAACAAAUGUCAAAGUGUAUUUAAUAAAUGUGCCCUUUCCCUUCUUGCUGCACCCAUGUUGUCACUUAACCCCUAGGAGUUAUUUAUUAUCUUUUUGUUAAUGUCAGGCUCAUUUGGGGUAAUGUGAUGACUGUUUAGGUUUACAUGAUCCUCUUCUCCUUCCUCUACCCUCAAAUAUGUAUAUAUACAUAUAUUAAAUAUGUAUAUAUUUUACCUAUAUAAAAUAUAUAUAUAUACACAUAUAUGUAUCUAUAUUUCUUUCUCUGCCUGCUAAACUGGCCAUAAAAGAGGGAGCUGCCUUCAAUAUAUAAAGUGUAAGUAAGAAGAGUGCCAGGGAACAUCAUAAUGGAGGCUUUCGUAUCUGAAUCUGACCAUUUUUACUACAGGAGAACAUGAAUUUGCCCACACCUUCCUUACAGGAUGGGGGCCUGUUGCCCACAUUGCUUGCUCCAUGUGGCCAGCUUUGGCCAUACUGCCACUGGGGCCUGAGGAACUAACGCUGGUCCUGUCUGGUUUCAGUAGAGGGUCCCCUUGUUAUUUUUCCAUUAACAUAUAUAUCCUCAAAAGCUGUAUUGGAAGGUGGAUGGCAGGAGCUUGUAACAGUUCAGCUUCCAACGCUUUGGAACAGAUUAAAGGGAAUCUUUUAAAUAAAAACUUAUAAAAAUCUUUACACAUUUGAGGUAAUGAGAGUUUGUCUAUUAAACAUUUGGAGUUUUCUCCCCUAAUUAGUCUCCCACCCCAUCCAGGUAUAUAUUUCUUAACCUGGACAGGAAUCACAUGCUUUGAGUUCCUUUAUUAGUAGUAGCUCUGGGCUCUCAUAUUUACAGAGAUGCUUAUUUAAGGAGUUUAGGCUGUUUUUCUACAAUUGAUACUGAACAUACUUGGAAUUUUUAAAUUUCUAAACCAGAUGGUUGCCCCUUCUAGAGUGGCAGAUAAAAGAUUUUUCUAUCAGCCCCAUUAAACGCUGACAACACUGCUGGAAAGCUGAAAAGGCUCCUAGGCCAGGUGUCGCUUUUGGUUGUAGCUAAAUAAGUCACGAAGUCCUUGUGUAAGAGCUUCCAGGGUCCCUAGUUGUGGGCUCAGUUGUAGUUGUGGUACAGAUUCUCUUAAAGAAUGUUCUCUUCCAGAGAGUUUGCAACUCUUGUUUUUGCCAACCCUGGAUUAGGAGAGUUUGGAUGAGGGAGGAGAGGCAGGCUUCACUUGGCCAAGUUACAUUUUUUCUGUAGAUCAGUAGGUAUGUGGGAGAGAGCACAAGAGAGCCGAGAACCUGAGGACUUUAGAGGUGGCUGGAUGCUUUCCCCAGACCAUAAGCCUGCAUUUGUGCAUUAGGUUUGACAGGGUUUUUUUUUUAAAACUAUUUGGCUUCCUUACCCCUUUCCCCAUGAAAGAGCCAUUGAGAAAUUACUUUUGGUUAUAUUUUAAUGAUCCCUUUGUUGAGAAGGCAGAAGAGGGAGCAGUCAGGGAGGGGACUUGCAGGUUUGAGUCCCUGAUGCUCAGCAAGGAAGUCAAGCUUCUACAGUAUCUCUGGGCCAGCGCUUGACCCUUUUGUGACCACUAGGAAAGCAGCUUAAGUGUGUUGGGUUUAUAUUUCUGUGAAAUGGAAAGCCCCUGUUCCUCUCAGUGUAGAAAUAGGUUUGCUGCUUCAUGGCAGGUGAGCAAUAAUUUGGGAGGAAGAAGCCAAAUGCUUGCCCCUCAUUUUAGCAUUGUGUCAACAGGGUGAGAUGGAGAGGGGCAGGAUGUGGAUGCCAUGUUGAAGAUCUGCAACAUUUGAGGGUGACUAAGAGUAGGUGUUAGAAAUUUGCUUUGUUUGGGCAAAAGGCUCUGUGAGAUGUUUCUUUAGCAAUUUAUUAGCCAGCUGGUAUGAGAUGAAAUACUGCUUUAUUGAAUCGCUUCCCCCCAUUCUUGCCAAAUUUGAGUGUAUCAUUUUUAACUUUACCUCUUCUAAUGGCACUUUGCUGUGCUGCCCCUGGUUGCCUCAGUAGUUCUCCUCUCAUCCUGCCAGAUGAGUACACACAAGAGUUACAUCAACCCCAUAGAUACCCUUAUGGUAAUGGAAAGAGCUGGCUGAAGAUCCAAAUCCCAAACUUGUAAGCCCAGGAAAAUACAAUUGAAAAUGUACAAGGCAGUGUUUUCAGCAGUAAACUUCCACUAAAAAGUGGAUACAACUAGCCUUCUUGUGAAAGAGGAAAGGAUUAAGCCACAGGGCAUUGGUCUGAAACAGUACUGAUUGUCUAAGGCUGGUGCCAAAAUUCAGUCCUCAGGCCAGGAGACUGCAAGGUGUUGGGACUCAGUAUUUCACUUGAUGGCCUCACAUACCAUGCCAAUACUGAGACUUAUAGAAUAUAAGUUUAUGAACCAAAACAUCAUCUUUUGUAGUGUUUGGUUUGCUGUAUUUCGUGAGGUCUUCAGUGCAGCAAAGCCCAAAGGUAGCUGUUUCUAGAAUUUAUUUCGUUCAGUUGUUUCCUAUUUUUCUUGUGUCAAUUGUUUGGUUAAUGACUUGAAUACCUGAACGGACAAAGGUCUUUCUUGGUGGACAAAGAUCUUCCUUGGAGGACUCCAGCAGUAUUUUGUUUAAGCAGCUAUAAGGACUGUUACUGAAAUGUUAAUUAGGACUCAUUUGAGGACAUGUGACAUUUAUGAAUCCUCCUCUUACUCCCAGUAUCUUUCCUAAGUGUAGAGGGAUUCCCACUACCCCCAAUCAGAAUUAUUCCCUUGCUAAGCUAAAAAAUAUAGCAUAGAUACCGUUUAACCUGGACUUCGACUCCAUGUCAGUGAGGAUCAGCUCCCCCUUCCCCUUUGAAAGACAGAUUGAUGCUUAAGCACUAGUUGCAGAAACCAAGAUGGUCCAAAUAGCUUUGAGUAACCCUUCAGAUUCUGCUUCUGAUUCAGGUGUGGAGCAUCGUGUUCUACCUAGUCCUCUUCUUGGAAACCCAGCCUGCUCUCAGAAACCUCCUUCUACCACCUGCUUUUCCUGCUACUUUCAACACAAAUCUUGGGUAAUGCCAAAGGAAGCCAUUCAGCAGCUGCUGUCCUUUUUCCCCCAACACAUAUACACUUCCUCUGGGAGAAGUGUUUUUCUUCUCGCCCUGGUCCUCAGUUGUGAUUAACUGCUCUUACCUGUUGCACUAAUGAAUUUGAAUUUAGGUUGCAAAGAGGGAAUUUGAAGCAAUAGGCAAAUGGGGCUUGGAUGAAUUGGUCUUGCAUAUAUCCUGCCUUAAGCUGCUGAGGUGAUGAGUCCACUGCUCAUGUGACCCUCCACCUUUGUGGAUCCCUCUUGGUUUGGUACCAGCAUGUCUGUUUCUUGAGGUUAUAUAAAUUUGACAAAAGUUAAAACUUUUAUUUGUAUUCUCUGCACUGUUGCACUCUCCAAAUGGCCCCUUUUGUCUUUGAUGUCUUUAAUUUUUUUUUUCUACUUUGGAAGGUAACCUGCUGGUGGAUUUAAUAAAUUUGUUUACCUGAG